UGACGAUCAUGGUGGGGGGGGAGGCCCUGGGAGGCCCGAUCAUGAAGAAGAUCCUUACAACUCCGUGUCUGAUGAGGUCAGCUCAGGAGUUCAGCGCUCAGGAGGUGAAACGAGUAGGGAAGGAUCAGAAGAGCGUGUGCAUCCUCCAGUCCGAAAGCGCAGCGGCAUGCUCGGAUGACGAAAUGCUGAUCGGGUCAUGUGACGCCACGACGUGCCUCAUCGUGUUUGUAGUCUGCAACUACGGGGUUUCAGUGCUGCAUCUAGAUGAUGGCACUUGUGGCGACGAGGAUUAUCUUCAGAAGGGCAUCAGGUUUGUUGACAGUGAAGCGGACCUGUACAUGGUGGGCUCCUAUGCAGAGCCGUCAUAUCACUCCAAGAAUGUCCUCAGCGCCGCUCUGUCCUUCUUCGAGCAAUGCCGGGCAACCUUCAAUCUCGUCCUCGCGUUUGUGGACGCGGUGAACACACAGGAGAAGGUGGUGAAUGGUGUAGCGAUCCCAGCCCCAAGGAUCACGGGUGCUUGCAUGAAUCCUGUGACUCGCAAGAUCUUCCCUGCAGACUUUGUUGAUCACGGGCCCAAGUAUGUCGAGAGGCGGAUGAGGUGUAUGUUAUCAGCUCCCAACUCGGACGUGUACGACUUUGAGCGUAGACGGUUCAGGUUCGAGCCCUGGCCAUUCAGCUUGUCGAGCCAUGCAGUACAGAGGUACAGGAAGUACGUGGAGUUGGACGAUGCUUCUUUGCUCCGUUGCACCUCGACGUCUCCAGAGGUUGAGAAGGAUGAGUACGCGGAUGACAUGAGAGAGAUGUUUCAAACACUUAUCGACAACCCAUCCAGUGACAAACUAUUCGGACCGAGGCUGGAAGUGGCAAUGUUCGAGUGGCGUAACGAUGGGUGGGCUAUCGUGGCAAGUGGGGAGAUGGAGAGUUCAAGUGCUGUGAUCAUGCAAGCUGCUUGAUUGUUUUGCUAUUGAUUUUUAUGCGCUUUUUUGUUGUUACCUUUCAGUUCUCAAUGAAUUCACCAAG